AUGAUGCCUCUCUGGAGCGCCCCCGAGAAGGUUAAAGAGGAGGGAAGACUGAGGGAAGACGGCGAGGAGACGGCGAGGAGACGGCGAGGAGACGGCGAGGAGACGGCGAGGAGACGGCGAGGAGACAGCGAGGAGACGGCGAGGAGACGGCGAGGAGACGGCGAGGAGACGGCGAGGAGACGGCGAGGAGACGGAGAGGAGACGGCGAGGAGACGGCGAGGAGACGGCGAGGAGACGGAGAGGAGACGGCGAGGAGACGGCGAGGAAACGGCGAGGAGACGGCGAGGAGACGGCGAGGAGACGGCGAGGAGACGGAGAGGAGACGGCGAGCGGAGACGGCGAGGAGACGGCGAGGAAACGGCGAGGAGACGGCGAGGAGACGGCGAGGAGACGGCGAGGAGACGGCGAGGAGACGGCGAGGAGACGGCGAGGAGACGGAGAGGAGACGGCGAGGAGACGGCGAGGAGACGGAGAGGAGACGGCGAGGAGACGGAGAGGAGACGGCGAGGAAAUGGCGAGGAGACGGCGAGGAGACGGCGAGGAGACGGCGAGGAGACGGCGAGGAGACGGCGAGGAGACGGCGAGGAGACGGCGAGGAGACGGCGAGGAGACGGCGAGGAAACGGCGAGGAGACGGCGAGGAGACGGCGAGGAGACGGCGAGGAGACGGCGAGGAGACGGCGAGGAGACGGCGAGGAGACGGCGAGGAGACGGCAAGGAAACGGCGAGGAGACGGCGAGGAGACGGCGAGGAGACGCGAGGAAACGGCGAGGAGACGGCGAGGAGACGGCGAGGAGACGGCGAGGAGACGGAGAGGAGACGGCGAGGAAACGGCGAGGAGACGGAGAGAGGAGACGGCGAGGAGACGGCGAGGAGACGGAGAGGAGACGGAGAGGAGACGGAGAGGAAACGGCGAGGAGACGGAGAGGAGACGGCGAGGAAAUGGCGAGGAGACGGCGAGGAGACGGCGAGGAGACGGCGAGGAGACGGCGAGGAGACGGCGAGGAGACGGCGAGGAGACGGCGAGGAGACGGCGAGGAGACGGCGAGGAGACGGCGAGGAGACGGCGAGGAGACGGCGAGGAGACGGCGAGGAGACGGCGAGGAGACGGCGAGGAGACGGCGAGGAGACGGCGAGGAAACGGCAAGGAGACAGCGAGGAGACGGCGAGGAGACAGCGAGGAGACGGCGAGGAGACGGCGAGGAGACGGCGAGGAAACGGCGAGGAAACGGUGAGGAGACGGCGAGGAGACGGCGAGGAGACGGCGAGGAAACGGCGAGGAGACGGCGAGGAGACGGCGAGGAAACGGCAAGGAGACGGCGAGGAGACGGCGAGGAGACGGCGAGGAAACGGUUGCUGUGUCGGGGGUAACGGGCACUCGGGACAGUGUUGUGGGGGGUGGUCUCUCCCUGAAGUCCUUCUUGUCCCUGCAAGUGCAAUGCUUAACCCGAGCCGCUCCAGUAAGUACCCAGCUGCGCUAACAGCUAAUGUGAUUGUGGAGAUAUAA